AUGGUCCGUCUCGCCCAGACCCUCUUCUCCCUGCUCAGCCUGUCCGCUCUCGCAGCAGCCGGCCCCAUCCACUACCCGCGCGCGGACAACUCGACCAAGAUCAGGACCUCGGAGAUGCACUACAUCUACCCCAACGCGCCAACGCUGAGCAAGCCCACCACCUCGGCCCUGUACGUCGAGGCCUACAGCAACAAGUCCCAAGUCGAGCAGGUGGCCAUCUUCCGCGGCAUCCCCGCCAACGCCAAGUCCUGCACCGUCGGCUGGUCCCAGGCCGACAAGAACGAUCGCGUCUUCAUCGUCAAGGGCGACUCUGGCCACACCACCAUGCGCCCUCUGAUCGGAUUCCCCUCCGGCGAGGUCAGCUACGAGUCCGUCGCGCCCUUUGACCGGGACAACGAGGACCAGCAGUUCGGGCCCGACUUCACCUUCUGGGACGACGCCUCGUACGCGGCCACCGAGCACGUGGGCGGCGGCGUCAAGUGUUCCAGUGAGGUCUACAUCAAGGUCCUCCUGCGGGAUCCCACGGUCCAGGCGUCUGUCUUCCUCGAGCAGGACAGCAAGAAUGGGCUCUGGCUGUCGUAUACCACCUAG